CUCCGCUAACUUGUCUGAGACAUGUCACAGUUGACUACAGCGAAUAAUGAAUCUCGCCAGCCCGCGCCCAAACCGACAUAUGCCAGUCUACUUGGAAUAUCUGGGCCCGUUCCCAAAUGGCUUCCAAUAUCUUUUCUCGCGAUAUCUUCAGCUGCCCUGGUCGUCCCAGUUGUAAUGCUGCGACGGUAGUAAAGCUGGUCUACGGGCGACCGCCACGACUGCCCCUCCGCGGAGAGGGUCGGGCAUCGUCCGUCAACCCCGGACCAGCACACUCUGGGCCAGCCGGUAGCUCCCCCACCACGUAUUCGUCUUCGUACGCAGGGAUCAUCCUCAUCUCAGAAACUGCCAUCAAGCCAAGGGUCACAAACAUCGUCCCACACGUCGCCGUUCUCUAGUACACGUUCCGACACAGCCGCUGCCAUGGCAUUGGGAGAGCAGGACAGCUUCAAUGGGUCGUUGUACACCCUGAAAGCUCUCGCCGUUGCAACAGCAAUCGUCUGCGCGAGUGGGUCUGCCUCCGUCUUCGGCGUCAUGACAUAUCUGGACGUGCAUAAUACAUCCGAAUUCGCAACACGCAUGCGCCUCUGGGUAAUAGCUACCUUCCCCUUCCUCUCCGGUCGCAUACACCGGAAGCCGGAAGCCAAAGACCUUGAAGCUCUUACCCCUCUCUUUCCUUCUAAAGAUGUAAAUGGGUUCUCAGAUUACCCUUCUCCACAAACCUCUUCAUUACCCUCGCUGGCAUCGUCUCCGUCGUCCGAGAUGCCCGCGCAUCCUCAUAUAAGCCCCCCGUACGACGUUGCGGAGUCACAGACACGGCUGCAGGCAGCGUAUGACCGAGGGGGGUUCUACGCAUUGGUUGAAGCGGCUUUAAAAGAGCUUGAGGCAGACGCAGAGACGGAACGCGCGCGAAAGGUUGCGAUGGCAGCCAGGGCGGCAAACGUGGCACAACCGAGUUCGGGGAAGAACAAGAAGUCGGAAUCAAAGACGUUACUAUAGAUCAUUACACACUCAUAAUGUGCCAACCAUUUGUAUUCUAUAUGGAGGGAGGAAGUACAUACCGCGUGAUUAAUCAAGUCCGAUAGACGGGGAGGUUGG